UUGCGCGGCGAGUAGAACGUGUGGCGGCGGCUGAGAUCGCGUCUCUUUCGCUCCCAGUCCGGCUGUUGCUCUAGUGAGCGCCUGGCGAGUCCGUCCCGUCCAUCACCUGCAGCCGAUCGCCCGCCCGCUUCUCUUCGCGGCGGCCUCUCACCAACACCGACACUCACAUUGACACCUCCAAGCCGGCCAGCCGCCUUAUUCGCUGCCUUUCAAUCUCUACACAUGGCCUCCUCCGCGCAGAGCGGCGGCUCCUCCGGGGGACCUGCGGUCCCCACCGUGCAGCGGGGCAUCGUCAAGAUGGUCCUCUCAGGGUGUGCCAUCAUUGUCCGCGGGCAGCCUCGUGGUGGGCCUCCUCCCGAGAGGCAGAUCAACCUUAGCAACAUUCGUGCUGGAAACCUCGCCCGCAGAGCAGCUGCCACACAACCUGAUGGAAAAGACACCCCGGAUGAGCCCUGGGCCUUUCCCGCCCGAGAGUUCCUUCGGAAGAAGCUGAUUGGGAAGGAAGUCUGCUUCACGAUAGAAAACAAGACUCCCCAGGGGCGAGAGUAUGGCAUGAUCUACCUGGGAAAAGAUACCAAUGGGGAAAACAUUGCAGAAUCUCUGGUUGCAGAGGGCUUGGCCACCCGGAGAGAAGGCAUGAGAGCCAACAACCCUGAGCAGAACCGGCUGGCGGAAUGUGAGGAGCAAGCGAAGGCAGCUAAGAAAGGGAUGUGGAGCGAGGGGAGCGGUUCGCAGACCAUCCGGGACCUCAAGUACACCAUCGAGAACCCAAGGCACUUUGUGGACUCACACCACCAGAAGCCUGUUAACGCUAUCAUCGAGCACGUGCGGGAUGGCAGUGUGGUCCGGGCCCUGCUCCUGCCAGAUUACUACCUGGUCACGGUCAUGCUGUCAGGGAUCAAGUGCCCAACUUUUCGCCGGGAGGCAGACGGCAGUGAAACACCAGAGCCUUUUGCAGCAGAAGCCAAAUUUUUCACCGAGUCCCGACUGCUUCAGAGAGAUGUCCAGAUCAUUCUGGAGAGCUGCCACAACCAGAACAUUCUGGGAACCAUCCUUCAUCCUAACGGCAACAUCACAGAGCUCCUCCUGAAGGACGGUUUUGCCCGCUGCGUGGAUUGGUCCAUUGCGGUUUACACGCGGGGUGCAGAAAAGCUGAGGGCGGCUGAGAGGUUUGCCAAGGAUCGAAGGCUGAGGAUAUGGAGGGACUAUGUGGCUCCCACUGCUAAUUUGGACCAAAAGGACAAGCAGUUUGUUGCCAAGGUGAUGCAGGUGCUGAAUGCUGAUGCCAUUGUGGUGAAGCUGAACUCCGGAGACUACAAGACCAUCCACCUGUCCAGCAUCCGACCUCCGAGGCUGGAGGGGGAGAAUACACAGGAUAAGAACAAGAAACUACGUCCCCUCUAUGACAUUCCUUAUAUGUUUGAAGCCCGGGAAUUUCUGCGAAAGAAGCUUAUCGGGAAAAAGGUGGUCUUCCUGGUCAGUUCGCGUGCUCUCUGGGGGGCGAGCUGCUGCUACUCUGUGCCGUGUAUUUGUCCUGGUGAGCCGCCGUCCCACUCCUGUCGGCUGAGGAGGCAGCUUGUCAUUAGCAGGUACAAGGUCAAUGUGACUGUGGACUACAUUAGACCAGCCAGCCCGGCCACAGAGACAGUGCCUGCCUUUUCAGAGCGUACCUGUGCCACCGUCACCAUUGGAGGAAUCAACAUUGCCGAGGCCCUUGUCAGCAAAGGUCUCGCCACGGUGAUCAGAUACCGGCAGGACGACGACCAGCGGUCCUCUCACUAUGACGAGCUGCUUGCCGCCGAGGCCAGAGCUAUUAAGAAUGGCAAAGGAUUGCAUAGCAAGAAGGAAGUGCCUAUCCACCGCGUCGCAGACAUAUCUGGGGACACCCAGAAGGCAAAGCAGUUUCUGCCCUUCCUUCAGCGGGCAGGUCGUUCUGAAGCUGUGGUGGAGUAUGUGUUCAGUGGGUCUCGUCUCAAGCUAUAUUUGCCAAAGGAAACUUGCCUUAUCACCUUCUUGCUUGCGGGCAUCGAAUGCCCCAGAGGAGCCCGAAACCUCCCAGGCUUGGUGCAGGAGGGAGAGCCCUUCAGCGAGGAAGCAACGCUCUUCACCAAGGAACUGGUGCUGCAGCGAGAGGUGGAGGUGGAGGUGGAGAGCAUGGACAAGGCCGGCAACUUCAUCGGCUGGCUGCACAUCGACGGCGCCAACCUGUCCGUCUUGCUGGUGGAGCACGCGCUCUCCAAGGUCCACUUCACCGCCGAGCGCAGCUCCUACUACAAAUCCCUGCUGUCUGCCGAGGAGGCCGCCAAGCAGAAGAAGGAGAAGGUCUGGGCCCACUACGAGGAGCAGCCCGUGGAGGAGGUGGCGCCCAUGCUGGAGGAGAAGGAGCGCUCGGCCAGCUACAAGCCAGUGUUUGUGACCGAGAUCACCGACGACCUGCACUUCUACGUGCAGGACGUGGAGACAGGCACCCAGCUGGAGAAGCUGAUGGAGAACAUGCGCAAUGACAUCGCCAGCCACCCUCCCGUCGAGGGCUCCUACGCCCCGCGCCGCGGAGAAUUCUGCAUUGCCAAAUUCGUGGACGGAGAAUGGUACCGGGCCCGCGUAGAGAAAGUCGAGUCUCCUGCCAAAGUGCACGUCUUCUACAUCGACUACGGCAACAGGGAGAUCCUGCCAUCCACCCGCCUGGGCACUCUGCCACCUGCCUUCAGCACCCGCGUGCUGCCAGCUCAAGCCACAGAGUACGCCUUCGCCUUCAUCCAGGUUCCCCAGGACGAGGACGCGCGAACAGAUGCCGUGGACAGCGUGGUGCGGGACAUCCAGAACACGCAGUGCCUGCUCAACGUGGAGCACCUGAGCGCCGGCUGCCCCCACGUCACCCUGCAGUUUGCCGAUUCCAAGGGGGACGUGGGGCUGGGCCUGGUGAAGGAGGGGCUGGUCAUGGUGGAGGUGCGCAAGGAGAAGCAGUUCCAGAAGGUGAUCACAGAGUACCUGAAUGCCCAGGAGUCAGCCAAGAGCGCCAGGCUGAACCUGUGGCGCUACGGAGACUUCCGGGCCGAUGAUGCAGAUGAGUUUGGCUACAGCCGCUAGAGAGGGGAUCGGGUCUGGCCUCCAGCACUGCUCACGCCAGUACCUCUUCCUCUGCCGGGAGGAUGUUUUCAGCUCCAGACCUCAAAUCAGGGGCAUAGAUUGGGUCCAGCUUUGCUUCAGUGUAUGGAAAUGACUUGUGGGAUGGCAUCUGGGCUGGGGGUGGGGUCGGGGGCACCCAGGGCUCUCGGGAGGGGGGGGGCAGGGCAUUGUCUUCCGAGGUCCCUCCCAGCUGAUUUUGUUUUUAUUUGGGGGUUUGCGGUGUGUUUGGUUUGGUUUUUUAAUUGUCCUCAAAUCAGGAAGAAACACGAAAGACUUUGUCAUAAUGGAGGGCAUAUCCUGGCACCCAAGGUCAGCUGCCGGUUGGCACCCCACUUCGACCCCAGACCGCCCUUCUCCCCAGCUCUCUGUCCAGCUGUUGAUUAUGUGAUUUCUCUGAUACGUCCAUUCUCAAAUGCCAGCGUGUCCACAUCUGCCCCUUUGCCAGCCUUCCCUGUUUCUGUAUUUAAAGCUUUUUGAGACCCAAUAAAAUAGUACAUGCUGUCUGCA